CACCAAGCCAAACCACCAGUUAUUUGUCUCAAAUUUGAGUGGCGCGGCAAGCGGCAGAAAACCCAAAAAGGGUUGUCAGCAUGCCGGACCCUUGCAUCUGCGAGAAGAAGGAGUGCGAUCUCCUGGAGCUUCUGGAGCAGAAGUUCUCCCAGCAAGAAGCUCUGAUCCGUGAGCUCUUGGACCGCCCCAUCGCUGAGGGCCCUGCCUUCCCCAAAGGCCAUGGCCUGAGCCAGCGCUGGCGCCCGCGCGCGCUGGGCUCGACCUCCACCUCGGAUGAGGCGGAGAGUAAGGAGACCGUGUCCAGACAGGGCUCCAAAGAGUCGAAAGAGGAGGCGCAGAAGGUGAUAGAGGAGGCCUUUGUGACGGAGCGAGAUGAUGAAGGCCCCGAGCUGACACCGGCGAACCGCAAGAAGAAGCGCAACACGGUGCUGGCGGCGGUGAUGACCGAGAAGUGGGCCCCGGAGCCGCCCUUCCGAGCCUUUGUGCGUACACGCCUGGAUGCCUACAUGGGCAUUGUGGUCAUGCUCAACAUCUUCGUGAUGAUUGUGAUGACCCAAUGGUCCGGCCGGAACUCGGAGGUGAAGCUGGGCCUCGCACCAGAGGGCUGGCCUUGGUUCACUCAGCAGUUCUUCGACCUCACGGAGUACUGUUUUUAUGUCUUCUACCUGGCGGACGUGGUGCUGCGAGUCUUCGUCCUGCGCCGGGAGUGGUACUUUGACCCUGUAGAGGGCUUCAUGUGGCUCAAUGUCUUUGACGCCGGCCUGGUGUUUAUCAGCACCAUGGAACUCUUGAUCUUGCCCGCGCUGCUCUCAGGAGGUGCCGCGGAAUUGCAGACCAACACCAUCCGGGUGCUGAAGCUCAUACGCAUCGUGCGCACCCUGAGGAUCAUCAAGACGGUGUCGCUCUUCCGGCAGCUGCGGCUGCUGGUGGGCACCUGCGUGGCCUCCAUCGGGGCGCUCUUCUGGUCCAUGGUGCUGUUGCUGGUGCUGAAGGUGGCCUUCGCGCUGAUGAUCUGCCAGGCCCUGCAGACCUUCAUCCAGGAUGACGACGCAGAUGUCGACACUCGCCUGGAGAUGAAUCAGUUGUAUGGCAGCUUCCUACGCUCUGUCUACAGCAUGUUCGAGAUCACCCACAGCGGGUCAUGGCCUGCGCUGGUGCGUCCUGUGCUGGAGAAGGUGGACCCAUGGUACGCCAUCCUUUUUCUGCCCUACAUCGCUUUGGUGGUCUUCGCAGUGAUCAGAGUGGUGACGGCGCUGUUUAUCAAGGAGACCUUGGCGAGCGCCGCCAACGACGCGGAGAUGGUCAUGGACGAGACGCGGCGCCUGGCCGUCGAGUACCAGGAGAAGCUCGAGGAGCUGUUCUGCCUGGUGGACGACGAUGGUGAUGGGCACUUAUCCGCGGAGGAGUUCCUCGCAGCCAUGAGCCUCCCCUCUGUGGAGCAAUACCUGCGGUUCCUGGACGUGAGCAUCCGGGACUGCCGGCCCUUGUUCGACAUCUUGACGGAAGGCGACGGGCUGAUCACCAUCACCGAGUUCUGCAAAGGCCUGAUGCAGCUCAAGGGCCAGGCCCGUGCACUGGACAUCGUGGUGCUGCAGCACGAGAACUCCAAGCUCAUGUCGGAGUGUCGGGAGAUUCACCAUAGCCUGCAGCACAUUGCCCAACGACUUCCGCCUGCGGCGUGAUACGGAUUGUUGCCUCCUCCAAGAUGGGUACCUGA